AUGAAUGUCCCGACUCUUGAACAAAUUUUUUUGUCUAUAAAACCAAUGUAUAUAUACUUUAAACGAAUAGAAAUAGAAAUACAAGCAAUUCAAAAAGCAUUUCCUAUGUCACCAACAGUUUUACCUCAUCCUCUUAAUUAUUUACAAUAUGCAACAUUAGUUGGAACAAUUCCAAUUCAAUACUUGGGUGCUAAUUAUAAUAUUCCUAUCAUGAUAAUGUUUCCUUAUGAUUAUCCUAUGAAACCUCCUUUCUUCUUUACUGACCCUUCUCCUGAUAUGGUUAUUGUUCCUCAACAUCCUUAUGCUAUGGAUGAUAGAACUAUUAUUCAUCCUUUAUUACAACGAUGGAAUGACUCUUCAAACAGUUUAGACGUUUUGGUUUGUCUUCAACUUGACUUUUCAAAUUAUCCUCCUCUCAAGAAAAGAAAGGAAAACCUUUCAGAAAUUCAAUCUACUCUUAAACAACAAAUUCAACAACUAAAACAAGGACCUUCUUAUGACAGGACUAGUCAAUGGAAAGAAAGAAACUUCACUAACUCUCAACCUCCUUUCCCUCUAAAUUCAUAUCAACGUUCUCCUUUCUAUUCACAACAAUGCCCACCUUUCUAUACACCAUACGGAUAUAAUACUUCUCCUUUUUGUCAACACCCAAUAGAUUAUUAUCAAAUGAAUAAUUUAUAUCAAUAUGGGUAUAACCAAUUUCGUCUAUUACCAAAACCAAAUGGAAUACAACCACAUCCUAAUUCUGCUUUCCAUUUUGACUAUAAUCAUCAACUAUUGCCUCAAGUUGAUCCUUCACUACAUCAAACACUUCGUUCUACUACAAGUCAACAAGAAUUUAGUCAAAUUGCUCAAAAACUUAAACAACAACAAGUCAAUAAAAAUGAACCAUUACCUGAUGUUAGUACUUUAUCAUUAGAAGAUAUUGACCAACUCCUUGUAGAAGGUAAAAUAAGUAUUGAAACGUAUAAAAGAAUGUAUAUCGAUUAUCAAAGAAGGGUGCAUAAGAAGUAA